AUGGACCAACCAGGCAUGAACCAAUCAGGUAUGACACAACCAAGUGUAAACCAAAUAGAUAUGAACUACUUAAGUGUAAGACCACCACGCCUAAGCAAUCCAGAUAUGGAACAACCAAUUAUGAGGCUAUCAGGCCAGAACCUAUACACUAUGAAACAACUAGGGCCAAGACUACCAGACAGCAACCAGCCAAGCACGAACCAACUAGGCAUGAACAAACCAGGUGUGACAAGAUCAGGAGCAAGCCAAGCAGAUAUGUACCAAUCAGGCUUGAGCCCAUCCAAUAUGAAACUACGAGUGUCAAGCAUGGACCAUUUAGUCAUAAGCAAACCAGACCUAAGCCUACAAGUUAUGAGGGAGCCAGACCCAAGACAACUGGAUAUAAAACAACCAAGCAUACACCAACCAGGUAUGAAUCAAGCAGACAUGAGCCAAACAGGCAUAUGGCAGCCAGGCUCACCUCCUCCCAACAGAAAAGUGAGCUCAAGGCAAUGGGACCCAGUGUAUCCAGGCAGGAGACCACAAGACAUGUGGCAAGUAAACCAAAUCAAUCAAGGAAUGAGGCAAUCAGAUAUAGUGCAACAAGACCCAAGCUAUGUAGUACAGAGACAAUCAGAUACAUGGAAACAGGACCCAAGUUAUCCAGGACUGAAACCUAUAGAGCGACGGUAUUUGGGGACAAGCCAGACAGGCAACAAACCAAAUUUAUGGCAACAAUACCUAAGUCAUCCAGGCCUCAGACAGUUGGAAUUCAGACAAGCAGAUCCCAGAGAACUAGGUAUGCAACAAUCUGACACAGGGCAAGCAGGCCCUAGUCAAUUAGGCAUGAGACAAACAAGCCAACCACGUAUGAGACCAAACGACAUAUGGCAAUUGGUCCUUACACAAAAAGGCAUAAAACAACUGAGGAUGUUGCAAACAGCCUCCAGCUCACCAGACAGCAGACAGUCAGGCACUUGGCAACCAGACUCUAGCCCACACGGCAAGACACUGUCAGACCCAUGGCAUCUGAGCCUCAGCCAACCGGCCAUGAGACAAUCUGAUACAUGUCAUCUAGGCUCUAGCCCACCAGGUAUGGAACAGUUGAACACACAUUAUAUAAGCUCCAGUCAACUAUGCAGGAAACCAUCUGUCAUACAACAACAGGGAUCCAACCAACAAGGCAUGAAAUACUCAGACACAAAGCAAGUGGGCCCUAGUCUACUGGGCGUGACUCCGUCAUACUCAAAAGAAGUUGGGGGCAGCCAACGAGGCAUGGAUGAUUUGGACACACCAAAAUCAGGCUCCAGCCAAACAGGCAUGAAAAAGUUGUACAGAUGGCAAUCAGGCACCAACCAAGCAGGCAAGACACAGUCAGACAAAUGGCUACUAGGCCCUAGCAUUCUAGGUAUAAGACAUUUGGAUUCAUGGCAACCAGGCCCAAGCCAACAGGGCAUGAAAUAUUCAGACUCAUGGCCAUGGGGCCCAAAUCGUUCAGGUACAAGACAGUCAGAUUUAUGGCAACCAAGCCCCAACCAAUCAGACACAAGGCAAUUGGAUACAUGGAACCAAAGUCCAAGCCUCCCUGGUGUAAGACAGUUAUACACAUGGCAGCCAACCCCAAGUUGCUCAGACACAAAACAAUCAGAAAAACAGCAACCUAGUCCUAGCAACUCAGACAUGAAACAAUCAGAUACUUGGGAACCAGUGCCAAAGCAAUCACAGACAAAUAUCACCCAGUCAGGCACUCACCAAUUAGAUAUAAACCAACCAGAUGCCACCCAACCAAGCCAAGAAGAAAUGACACAAUUAGAAAUAGCAGAACCAAGUCCAAUCCAACCAGAAAGGAAAGCCAGUCCAUCAGACACUAGCCAAUCGGACUCAAUUCAACUAGACCUAAGCCAAGCAGGUGAAAGUCAAUACGAGCCAAGUGAAUCAAGUAUGAGUGACUCAAGUCAAGGAGCAAUGCAAUCAUGCCCGACAAAUCAAAGCAUGGCUCCUUUCUACGUAAGACCUGCUGAGCCUGAAGACUGCCCAGAUAUCCUGCGGCUGAUUAAAGAAUUGGCUUCCUGUGAAGGCAUGCAAGAAAAGGUGACAUUAACAGAACAUGGUAAGAAGUUUUGUGGUAAUUUUAGAGCACAUAAAACAGUGUGAGUGCAUGCACACAGGAUAAACACUUAGAUAUGCCUAAGAAGCUUUUCUUUUACAAAAUGAUCCUAUUAGUAACAUUGACAUAUACAAACAUGAAUUCAAUAGCCUU